UCACCGCCUGCCGCCCCUGUCUAAGUGCGAUGAGGGUCCGUAGAUUUUUGCCAGUCCGUACUUGAUUUACCGAGAGACUCUGGGGGGGGAAAAUCAUGGGAAGCUUGCAAAUCCGAAUAUAAUCGCCGUCUUAGAGCCUUGCUGUAUACAGACGGCUCUGUCGAGAGAGGAUCACUACAACUGCCAUCGCCAACACUCGAGCAGAUCGCAGCGCAGUGCCCCGGCGACACCAAUCCCCACGCUCGAUGGCCGGGAAAAAGCCUGUCAUAGGUCUGCUGGGCGGCGGCCAGCUCGGUCGCAUGCUGUGCGAAGCAGCAGGGCCUCUCGGGAUACCCAUCGCCGUCCUGGACACCGAGGACUGCCCGGCUAAGCAAGCCAACCACAACAACCUCCACGUUGCCGGAUCUUUCAAGGACCCGGAGAAGAUCAAGCUUCUGGCCUCACGCUGCGAUGUUCUCACCGUGGAGAUCGAGCACGUAGAAACCGAGGUGCUGGAGGAGAUCGCGACGAAAGGGGUCGAGGUCCCUAGCGCCGACGGGAAAGGAACCACGCUGAAAAAGGUGCCCGUACACCCAUCGUGGAAGACGAUACGUCUCAUCCAGGACAAGUUCCGCCAGAAGGAAUACUUUUCUAGGAACGGGAUUCCCGUUGCCGAGCAGAUAGCUAUAGAUUCAGGAGAAGAGCGAGCCGACUCCAUCGACGAGGCCGCCUGGAAGUUUGGCUUCCCCUUUAUGCUGAAGAGCAGCAAGGGGUCUUACGACGGCCGCGGCAACUUCAAGGUCACCGGGCCGGAGGACCUCAAGACCGCCAUCAAGCAGAUGGGGAAGCUCGAUGAUCUCUAUGCGGAGAAGUGGGUACCCUUUGAGAUGGAGCUGUCCGUCAUGGUUCUACGCACAGAGGACGACGACGGCGACCUCAAGGCCGUCUACCCCUAUCCCGUCGUCGAGACCAUCCACGAGGACAGCAUAUGCACCAAGGUAUUCUACCCACCACGUAAUAUACCAGACGAUGCCAAGAAACAGGCACAGAAGGUUGCGUGCGACGUCGUAGAGAGCCUCUGGGGUCGGGGCGUCUUCGCCGUCGAGAUGUUCUUACUCUCGAAUGGCCACAUCGUCGUGAACGAGGUUGCCCCUCGCCCGCAUAAUUCUGGCCAUUUUACCAUCGAGGCCGUGCCCCAGAUGUCACAAUAUAAGGCCCAGCUCUAUUCCAUACUAGACCGUAUCCCCACUAAGGGAGCGAACCUGACGGCGAGGGUGCCCUCCGCGAUCAUGCUAAAUAUCCUUGGAGGUGCCCAAGCUACGUCCCAUGAUAAACUCGUCGAGCUCGCCGAAAAUCCGCAUGGGGAAUUUACGGAUGUGUACGUUCACCUUUACGGAAAAGAAUCGAGGCCGGGCCGGAAGAUUGGCCAUAUAACCGCCACGGGGCUCUCCUCGGUGGAAAAUCUAGCGGAAACCGUCCGUCCCCUCAUCGAGGCCAUGGACGCGAUUCGACUCGAGCGCAUCGGGUCGGAUAUCCCCACCAAGUCUCAAACGGCCCGGCCUAAAGCCAUACCCCUCGUUGCGGUUACGAUGGGCUCCGACUCGGACUUGACGACGAUGGCGGCCGGCCUGAAGAUCCUAGAUGAAUUCCACGUGCCUUACGACGUCCGAAUAACGUCGGCACAUCGGACGCCGCAUCACAUGAUGCAAUUCGCAGCAGAAAUGUCCAAGUGCGGCUGUAAGGUUAUUAUUGCGGGCGCAGGCGGCGCCGCCCAUCUGCCAGGCAUGCUGGCGUCGGAGGUGCACAUCCCGGUGAUCGGGGUGCCGGUGAAGGCGUCGGUGCUAGACGGGGUCGACAGCCUGCACAGCAUCGUGCAGAUGCCGCGAGGGAUCCCGUGCGCGACGGUGGGGAUCGGGAACUCGACGAACGCGGCGCUGCUGGCGGUCCGGAUCCUGGGCGGGGCGUACCCCGAGUACGCGGAGCGGAUGCGGCGCUACCAGGAGCGGAUGAAGACGGAGGUGCUGUCCAAGGACGAGCGGAUCCAGGCGGUGGGCUGGCAGCGGUAUCUCGAGGGUAUGCAGAGCAAGUGAAUCUUUGGACCGUGGUUGAGGCGAUGGAGGUGGG